AUGGAACUUACAAGAGUUGAUGAAACCCUAACGGCAUUCAGCACACUUAUGGUAGAUCCAAGCAGUCAUCGUGAUCCCAUGUACGUUGUCAACAUCAAGUUACAAAGAAAGUGUGAAAUAAGGUUGAGGGUCGCAGGAGGAGGAGGAGAAGAAAUUCUAUUGGAUUCAUACCCGAUUACUCCAGAAUCAGGCUGUUUGUUCCAAAUUCCUAUUGAAGUUGUUGGUUUGCCUGCUUUAUUCAUUCCUUACGUUGCCCACAAGAUUUCUGGCUUCAAUCUUGCUGCUUCGUUCUGUGACAAUUUGGCCUCAAAAAUUGCGUCCUUUGCUUACGGUCUAAUAGGACGCUGUAGGGGAUUCCAUGUGUCAGCUCAUGUGGAUCUUGUUGAUGUAGAUGUACAUGAAGUUGCACCAGAGGAGAUUAGGGCAAUAUUUGAUAGCGAAGGUGCUACUGUACCAAGGGGGGCAUCCGAAACAGUGUUGAAGAAGUUGAAGAAGGAGAGGUUUUACUUGAAGCAGGGCAAUGGUGAUUCUUCUUCUGGCAGUGGUUAUGCGAGGGAAACAGAGAAAAAUGGAGCUAUCAUUAAAGGGGUGUUUGUGUUUGGAAGCUCUCUAGUUGACAAUGGCAACAACAACGUCCUCAAAAACUCAAUAGCUCAAGCUGAUUUUUUGCCAUAUGGAAUAGACUUCCCUUAUGGGCCAUAUGGUAGAUUUACAAAUGGGAAAAAUGUAAUUGACCUCCUUUGCGACCAGCUUAAGCUUCCUUUGGUUCCUGCUUUCAAUGAUCCCUCGACUAAGGGAAGCCAGAUGAUCCAUGGUGUCAAUUAUGCUUCGGUGCUUCGGCAUACUUGGAUGACAUCGGUUUAUCGUAAUACCCAUAAAAUCAAUAAGUGA